AUGGUAACGCUUUCGUCUCCAUCUCCUUCCCUCUCUUGCAUAGAGAACGGGACUUGUAAAGCUUCUCAUGUUUCUCGGGUCCUAGUCUCCGGUCCCGAUAAGAUUCACUGCGAGUCAUCGGAACCUACGAUACUGAGAGAUGUUCAUAUCUCGGAAAGGUUGAUGGAGGAUUUCACUGAGCUUGCUCGAGAGAACACUGAGAAAGACCUCGAGACUUGUGGGACUCUCGCUGCCUUCCUUGAAAGAGGAGUUUUUUAUGUGACCACUCUGAUAAUACCUAAGCAAGAAUCAACUGCUAAUUCAUGUCAAGCUAUGAAUGAAGUGGAAGUGUUUUCCAUACAAAAUGAAAGAGAACUUUAUCCUGUAGGAUGGAUUCAUACUCAUCCUUCUCAGGGCUGUUUCAUGUCAUCGGUAGAUUUGCAUACACAUUACUCAUAUCAGGUAAUGGUACCAGAGGCUUUUGCAAUCGUCGUGGCUCCAACGGAUAGCUCUAGGAGUUACGGGAUAUUUAAGCUAACAGACCCGGGAGGAAUGGAGGUAUUGAGAGGCUGCUCAGAGACUGGAUUCCACCAGCACGACGAACCAGAAGAUGGGAACCCGGUUUAUGAGCAUUGCUCAAAUGUCUACAAGAACUCGAACCUUAGGUUUGAGAUUUUUGAUCUGCGCUAA